UCUGACACGUCACGUAACACACGUCAUCACGUUUGCGCCUCACUGUGAGCACCGGAGCAAGUACGUCCUGAUUCCUGUCAGUGUAGAUUCUCUAACUUGUGCUGCCGCAGUCAGACGAGACGACCACCAUGGUGCUGAACCCUGUCAUUUCCAAGCUCUCUGGCAAACUGGUCGUGCUGGCAAGUGGCUCGCCAAGGAGGCUAGAGAUUCUGCGUAAUGUGGGUUUACGAUUUGAGGUAGUGCCGUCCUGGUUUAAAGAAACCCUUGACAAGGGACUUUUCAAAGCACCUCAUGAGUAUGCAGUUGAGACAGCAAAACAGAAAGCCCUGGAGGUGGCCAGGAGGAUGCCUUUUAAACACUUGAAAACUCCAGACAUAGUAAUUGGAGCAGACACUAUCGUGGCUGUGGAUGGCAUGAUUUUAGAGAAGCCAGUAGACAAAGAUGAUGCCUACAGGAUGUUGUCAAGCUUGAGUGGUAAAGAGCACAGUGUCUUCACAGGUGUAGCAGUUGUCCUCUGUCACGAGAAAGAAAAUGAAGAAGUGGAUUACCAGCUGUUUGACUUCCACGAAGAGACAAAGGUGAAGUUUGCUGAUCUCUCAGAAGAUAUGCUGUGGGAGUACAUCAACAGUGGUGAACCCAUGGACAAGGCUGGCGGAUACGGUAUCCAGGCUCUUGGUGGCAUGCUGGUGGAAUACGUCCACGGAGACUUCCUAAAUGUUGUUGGUUUCCCCCUCAACCACUUCUGCAAGCAGCUGGACCUUAUUUACAACUGCAGUACUAACUCUGCAGGCCAGGAAAGUACACCAUCAUUCAGUCCUGUUCAUAAGGUGAAAAGGAAAGGCAGUAAAAGUGAAGUGGGUGAGCAUUCUUCGAAGUUGGUGAACAGCUUGUCUAAACAUACAGAUAAUGGGGAAUCUGAUGUCCGAGACAUUGAGAAAACAUUACCUCUGGCAUCCAGCAGAGGGCAGACAAUUGAGGAGGAGAGUGAGCCCAAAGGAGAGGACUUGCAGAGAAUAAUUGAUCUAAUGGAUGGAUUUAAAGCCUCAAAGGCACUCUUCACUGCCUCCAAGUUGUGUGUGUUUGACCUGCUUCAUAAUAGUCCAGGACUGGAUGCAGCAGCAGUGGCUCAGGAGAUCAAAGCUUCUGUGAAAGGGACUGAAUGCCUGUUGGAGGCUUGUGUGUCUCUGGGGCUAUUGAAGAGCAAAGAGAAUGAGUGCCACAAGUCUGUGUACGAGAACACAGACUUAGCUGUGCGUUUCUUGCAGUCUGAUGCACCGUACUCACUGCAUGGAUACAUCCAGCAUUGUAACAACACAAUAUGGCCUCUUUUCUCCCACCUGGAGAGUGCUGUGCAGGAAGGUACUCACCAGCAUGAGAAGGCCUUUGGCAAGAAAUCGAAGGACGUGUUUCAGGAUAAUUACUACAACAGUCAAGAAAGAAAGCUGAGAUUUAUGAAUGCCAUGCACAGCAUUGCAAGGGUUACUGGAACAGAUGUGGCUACAGCCUUUGACCUCUCUAGUUACAAAACAGCGUGUGACCUUGGAGGAUGCACUGGUGCAAUGGCCUAUGAGUUCACCAAAGCCCAUCCUGGUUUGUCUGUGACAGUGUUCGACUUACCUGCUGUUGUUGAGAUGAGUGAACAUUUUCAUCCGCUGCACAAAGACAGCAGAGUUUCAUUUGUAGCAGGAGAUUUUUUCAAUGACGAGUUGCCCAAAGCAGACUUGUAUAUCCUGGCGAGGAUUCUGCAUGACUGGCCUGAUGACAAGGUGCAUUCACUGCUGAGUAAAAUCGCGAGCACAUGCACACCAGGCUGUGGACUCCUGCUGAGUGAGAUCUUCCUGGAUGAAGACAGAAGGGGACCGAGUCGCGGUCUGCUGCAGGCUCUCAGCAUGAGCACAGGGAAACAGAGGAGCGCCACAGAAUAUGGUCUGCUUUUGAAGAGCCACGGUUUCACCACAGAACAUGUCAGACGUACAGACAACUUCCUGGAUGUUAUGCUCUGCAUAAAAGUGUGACUGUCAUCACUCUCAACAGCAGUUUAUGCAAGGAAGUGCGGUGCUCAUAGCUGAGACCAUGUUGGAUGGCCUGACGCCCUACUCUGCUCUGCAGUCUCUGAACAUGCUUGUCCAGACCGAGGGAAGUGAGAGAACGGAGGACAAGUACGUGGCCAUGCUAAGCAAACAUGGAUUUGGGAACACGCGUGUGGUUCACACGAAGAACUUCCUAGAUGCUUUUAUUGCCAUUAAAAUGUAGCAAUUUAAUCAAGCACACAAAUCAA